UUGAAAAGCCGGGGAGUGGCGCUGAGCUCAUAGGGCUUGUUCGUUUUUUUUUGUUUGAUUGAUGUCGCGCUUACUUUCACUUUUAAUUCUUGCUAUGUAAGACGACGAAGCUGGGAACUUCGCAGGGCAAGAUAGGCUGAGAAACGGUCACAGGAUGUCUGGUGACAAAAAUGACCCAAGGGUUAUAGAAGCUUUUGGAAUCCCAGAUGAAAUUGAAAAUGAGUUUUUGGGGUUGUUCUUUGAAAAUAAGCGUCGGUCUGGUGGAGGUGCUCUUGCUUCGUUUUUCCGACAAGGAGAUACAGCUACAUUGAUCUUCGAAGAUGCAGAAGUUGCCGAAAGAGUCUUGUCCAAAGAAGUACACGUUUUCCACGGUUUUGAAAUUAGGGUUCGGAGGCCGAUACCUAAGGACCCUGGGAAGCUUUUGUUCUGUGGAGUCAAGCCAAGCACACCCAUGGACAUUUUGGAAAUCUUUAUUGAAAACAUCUCUGGAGUCGAUGCUGAAGACUACAUAUUACAUCCUGCACUGGAAGAGGGCAUGGUCCUUGUACAAUUCCUCACACCCCGGUCAGAAUUAGAUAUUCAAGCAAUGAGGGAGAGAGCAAACAAACGGGUUCUGGAUGGAGCAAAAAUUGAACUGGUUCAAGUAAAAAGGACAGAUUCUGUGCUGGUGACAAAUUUGCUUUCUUGUACAUCGGAGGAUAUGCUGAGCCUGUACAUAGAAAACAAACGAGGAGGUGGCGAAAUUGUGAAAGAUGUAACUAUGCUAGAUGGAGGAAUGGCCAAAGUUACACUUGAAAAUUGGCAAGCUGUUGACCGAUUAGUUCAGAAGAUGCUUACACUGGACGGGAGGGAUUUAUUGGUCAGACCAUAUUUUGACUGCUUUCUUCCAUCACACAAUGUGCAAAAUUCUUCAGUUAUUACAAAUGGUACAGAAGGGAAUCGUGAUAACCAGGAAGAAGACCUAUAUCAGGAUUGCAUGAUGGAAGUGUCUGUCAGUGGCAUGGAGAGUGAAUGUGAUACCACCAAUGAAACUGCUAAAUCAACCUGCACAAGCAAUGAUCGUAUUUAUUCUAGAAUUAUUUCACUUUCUGAUUCUGAUAAAGUUACACUUUUACAGUGUAGCAAUGUAAUUCAGCAGAUAUGUGAGAAGUGUUCUGAAAUUAGUAUCAAAAUUACAGAAAAUGAAAUUGCCAUUUGUGGCCCUAAUACUGCUAUAGUUGAACGGCAGGUUAGUAACAUCAUGCAAUUCAUGACUACCUUGGCACAAACUCAGUUUUCAUUGGAUGCUGACAAGGCGGCGUUUUUAUCUAACUUGACUGUUAAAGAGAGUAUACUUGAGACACUGAAGAAGGAGCACCUCUCUGCCAUUUACAGUGUAUCUGACAGUACGAUCGUUGUCACUGCACUUUCUGGUGACAUGGUUAAAGCGGCCUGUGACGUGAUUGGAUCCUCUGUUUGUAAAUUUACAAUCCCUAUAGAGGCUGACUUUAAAGACGUUUUUUUACAGGAAUGGCCAAAUCUGGUAAAUAGUUUACAUUUCUGCACUCAUUCGUUUUCAAGUCAAAAUGAUCGGAUUGAAAUUAUAACCCUAAAAUGCCUAGAAGAGGAGAAUAAACACAAAAUUGACACUUUCCUCAGCAAUAAAGUUCGUCAAGAAACGGUGAUUUCCAUGGAACCUGGAAUGCUCAAGUACAUACAAAACUACUGCCAUACCAUCUUGGAAGAUCUUUCUCAAGUCUCUAUAUUACCUUUGGAAGGAGAGGGCAUCAUUGGAUUAAGAUUGCACGGUGAUGAAUGUUCUCGCCAGUUUGCUGAAGAGAUUAUCCGUAGCGCCAUAGAUUCAGUUCAUACCAGAGCCAUCACUAUGAGUGCCCCAGGAGUAGCCCGAUUCCUUUUGGAUGAACAGGGCACAAAUAUUCUGAAAGAGAUACAGACAAAAUUCCAGUUGGUCGUAAGCUUGGAGAGAGUUUUGUGGACUCCACUGAGAUCAGGGGAUAUUUGGGGAUCUGCAACCAAGUUUACAUUUAUGAACUCAAGAAAUUCUUCAUCUUGUGAAGACAACAUUCUGUCUCCAGCACAUUCUGGUUUAAUGUUUAAUGACCUUAAUAAACCAGUUCAAGGCCUUUUAGAAGAGGCUAAACGUCUGGUGUCCGUUAUUGGAAAAGAGUCGGAUAGCCAUCCCAGAAUAUGUUCUCAGAUUGGCAAUUCUGAAGAAGACCUCUACACAGAUGAACCUACCAGCUGUUCAGACAACGAAGAUGUAGAAGUAAUGGAGGAGUCUGCAAAUGAGAUAGAGUUUGUUGCAGCUUAUAGUCCAAAUGAAUUAAAGAGUACAGACAACAAUCUUGAAGAUGAUGCUAUGCUUUCCCUCGCCAUUCAGUUCUCCAUGGAUGCAAAAGAUUCAGAAGAAGAGCUGAAAAGAGCUCUUGAAAUGUCUAAGAGAAUGGCCGAUAGCAACCGCGCUCCUGCAGUGUCGAACGUGACUGGUGCAUUUGUGAAUUGUAUUGAGGAGGAAGUCAAGGCGGCUCACAAAGCGGAGAUCCUAGUUUAUGCUGGUUACAGUACUGAUCUAAUCCGAGUAGACAUUGCUUUAAAUAAAAAAAUAAGUUUAAAACAAGCAGAAGAAACUGUUGAAAGCAAGUCAUUCAUGAAUUUAUCCGAGCACUUGAAACACUGCAUAGACCUUAUACAAAGGAAACACGCCGUGGAUAUUACCGUACAGGGAACAUGUGCCAAAGUACAAGGAUUUCAAGAAUAUGUCUCUGAGGCAACUCGUGAGUUAAACGUGAUCAUUAGCAGACCUCCACCCCAUUUACCAGAUUCCGAUCUCCUAAAAAGUGUUGAGUGGGUCUGGUACAAUAUGCAAUCAAAGCCUGUUCCUUAUACACCACGUGAUACUCUUUUAAUAGAAUGUGCUUGGAAGCAGAAAGAGAAGAAAAUUGAUAUUGAUCUUGAUAACCAACCCUGCAUAAUUAAUUUUGAAAAGAUGGAGCACUAUAACAUCGCUGCUGGGACAUCUUUCCCAAUCGCUAGGAAUCCAAAGAGCAUUUUAUACAGGCAUGAUGAUCUUGUUGAAUGCGAGGACAAGAUGGUGUCAGUUCUGCCUGAAAUGACCAGAAUAAAUGAAUCCACAAUGGAGUAUCAAGAUAUAGUCAAGGAAUUCUAUAAUACAAUGAAUGAAUAUCUCAACAAAAUAAAAAUUGUUAAGAUCGAGAAGGUAGUGAACAACCUUCUGUAUAACCAGUACAUACUGAAGAAGGCCAGUAUGACGGGCAGUGCUGAGGGUGAGGUGGAAAGGACUCUCUUUCAUGGAACCAGUGAACACAGUGUAAAAGAAAUCUGCAUUCAUGGUUUUAACAGGAGUUUUUGUGGAAAAAAUGCAACCAUGUAUGGAAAAGGAGUCUACUUUGCUGUAAAUUCAUCGCUGUCUGUACAGGACCAGUACUCCCCCCCUAACAAAGAUGGCCACAAGUUUGUGUUUGUUGUUCGAGUACUGACUGGGGAUUUUACAAGAGGGACACACGAGAUGAAAGCCGCACCUCUGAAAGAGAAUUCUGAGAUUCCAAUCCGAUACCACAGUGUUGCUGAUAGCACCAGGUCUCCCAGCAUUUUUGUGAUUUUCAAUGACACGCAGGCCUAUCCAGAGUAUCUCAUCACUUGUGAAAAAGUUCCCCUUUAGAUUAGUGAAUAAAAUGGAUAGUCUAGUGAAUGUGGCCUUGUAGAAGGGUACUGUGCAUUCGUCCACCUAACAUGUUUCUGUUCUUUUACUGUGAAUGCAUUGCUUAUGUUGUCAUUCAUAUUUUGAGUAGUCUGACACUCUUCAUGUAUAAGCAUAAGUAACGUUUCAGUCCUUUUAUUUGAUGCUUACUUUAUUUUUUUUUUUUUUAGUUGAAUAGGCAAGUUGAAAAAAUAGAAGUGAGCGCAAUAAACAUAACUGAAAGGAC